UAAUUAUUCAAUUGCAAUGCAAUAUUUGUGAUUCUUUCUUCAUUAUGCUUCGAAUUAGAAGCCUUAUUAUUAGCAAGGCAUGUCUUCUUCUAUUAAUUGUUUCCCAAAUUAACUCGCAAAAUUACGAGUACGAUGGGGAGGAAGACCACGAAAACAUUUCCGAAGAUGAUGGUGAACACUACGAACAUCCAGACUACUCAAAAUAUUACUCAGUCGAUAGUUCAGCACCUCUGGUCAAUCAAGGAAAAGAUUCGCCCCCAGGGGGUUUCGUAUCUCCACAUGAGUUCGAUGGCUUCUUCGGGCCUGCACCUAUAGAAUUUGGUGCUUCAAACAACCAACAAAUAUCAAAACCGCAGACUUUAGUGCCUCAGCAGCAACCAACAGGAAAUAUUUUCGGUAACCCCAACCAAGACAACCAAUCGUUCCAAAAAGAUUUUUUCGAAGAAUCUCAACGUAAACAAGCCGCUGAGAAUCAACCCGAAGACAAUAAUGAUGCUCCUAAAUAUAUUUCUUACAAUCAUCUACCACAAAAACUGAGAUUCGACGACGAAGAAGGAGCUUCCACGCGCUCAGAUGAAGUGGAGGAGGUAGAACCGAGGGAAAAUCAAAAGGAGGAUAAGGAAGCUGAAGAAAUUGACGAUGUUAAGUCAUUUAACUACAAUAAACCUAGUUCGACGGUAUCUCAAUACCCAUCCGCCGACGGCUGGGUUCCUGUUUCACCAUCUCCAUACCAAAAGUAUAGCUUCCAAUCCGCCACCAACUCACCUCAUCCCAAAUAUUUAGAAUCCCUCAUCACCACCAUAGCUCCUUUUAAUCCCAAUUAUAAAAAACAAGCAUCCAAACAUACAGCCCCUGUGUACGAGACGCAAUCUUCCGAAACUGUUUCAAAAAAAGCGAAAAAUUGUAGGAAAAUUAAGAAAGCUAUCAACAAGGAAGACUCCAUGAACUGCUACGUCUGCGAGGACCCCUCUGAUAAGUCCAAAUACACUCAAUGUUCCUACUCCUCCGAACCAAAACCUCUGAACUACUAUCAAGGUCAAUCCGAGAGAUACUCCACCCCAUCAAACGGUGCUGAUGGUUUCAGAUACAAAAGAUACUCCGACGCUGAAGAAAAUGACGAGACUGACCCAUACGAGUACGUUAAGAGACGUUCCCAACAGCAAAACACAGAGGACGGUGAGGCAGAUUUCAGUAAGCUGUUUCAAUACAACCCCGAUUUCGAAAGCGAAUCUCGUAGCUACUCCGAAAAACAAUCGGAAGAAAUCAAGAAGAAUCCCAAGAACUGCAAAAAGGUCGACAAAGAUGGCAUGACAUGCACCAUCUGCAAAGAUUCUGAAACCGGCGGCAACUAUGAGCAAUGCUCGUACACUUCUGAACCGAAAGACAAGAAGUAUGCCUACGUGACAAACAAAAAAUACGACAGCAAUGACGAUGAUCAGCCUGAAGAAGAAGAAAGCAAGACUGUAGAGCAAAAAUCCAAGAAAAUUGAGAGACCUGUCGAAAAGGAGUAUGGUUCUAAAGUAGCUGUGGAGCCCACUGAAGAGUAUGAAGGUAAAAUUAAAACCAAUAGAAGACCAGAAAGAAAUAAUAGAUUUUCCAAACGCAGAGGCGAGGAAACAAGAGAUAACCUUAAAGAUGACAAACACAGGGAAACAAAACAAAAACGUACCAGAACUAGGCGGUUAAACAAAGAAGGCAGCAAAAAUGAAGAAUAUUCAGUACCGAAACAUUUCAUCGAGGACACGGAAAACCAAAAGGAUAACAACAAGGAAAAAUUCACGGGAUUCGAUGAAGAAUACCAUUCGAAACUUUACCCAGAAACUGAAGAAAGCAAAAGAGAAGAACAAGUUGAGUACACACCCACGCAAUCUAAGCACGACGUGGAAGACGUUUUGGCUGAAUUCAGCAAGAAAGACCGAUCCAAAUGCAAAAAGGCAGAGAAGAAGGGCAUGACGUGUUACUUGUGUAAGGAUGAGAAUAAUAUAAGUCAUGAGGAGUGCAUGUACGUAUCGGAGCCGCAGAAUUCCCACAAGGCUUACCACGAGGUGCAGAAGUUGAACAAGCCUGAAGAAAUUGAAGAUGGAGAGGAAUCUGAGUCGAGAAAAUCGGUAAAAACCACCCCCGCCCCUGUUACCAAGGCCACCAUAAAACGUAAGAGGGUUUUCAAGAAGGCUACAACUCAAAAACCGACUCUAGAGGCAGCUGCGUCUGAGAAGUUUGGUUCUUAUGUGAAAUACAACCCCAAAAAGGACAAGCAGCUCGAGAAAAAGGAAGAAAUCAAAGAAGGUUUGGAAACUCAAAGGGUCUACAGCAAAGUGAUGGGUUUAAACUUGCCUAGGUACAUGGUGGAAAAAACUGAAUACGAAAAAGAUUUCGAUGAAUCUUCCAGCUUUCACUGA